AUGGCGGGACGCUACAAUGACACUAGUGCAAUCAGUGAAUUGAGCAGUGAAAGAAUUACCGAUAAGCUGCAAAAAUCAUUGGCUGAAACCUUAACCAAGUUUUACCCUCUAGCUGGAAGAUUCAGAAAAGAUGACCUCUCAAUUCACUGCAACGACGAAGGUGUUGACUAUGUCGAAACCAAAGUCAAGACGAAUCUUGCUGAGUUUCUCCACGAAGGACCCGAGAUCGAUCUUUUGGAUGAUCUUCUUCCAAAAACAGAUAUGCAAUCAAUUCCAUUACUUGGAGUUCAAGUUAACAUAUUCAACUGUGGAGGACUAGUCAUGGGGGUACAAAUUUUACACAUACUAGCAGAUGCUUUCACGUUAGCAACAUUUGUCAAGGAAUGGGCUCAAAUUAGCCAAACAGGGACAACAAAAGGUUGUCUCUCAAGUUUCGAUUUCUUGCCAUCGCUCUUUCCCACAAAAGUGUUAUCAGGACAUCAGUAUUCACUACCUUCUAGUGGAGACCCUGAGAUUGUCACUAGGAGAUUUGUGUUUGAUGCUUUGGCAAUUGCAAAACUCAAAGACAGAAUCGGUUCAAGUAACACGUUCACGAGACCUACUCGAGUGGCGGUCGUUAUGUCGUUAAUAUGGAAGGUUCUAGUGGGCAUAUCAUCAGCCAAACAUGGACAUUCAAGAGAUUCUUCUUUAUUAUUUCCUAUUAAUUUGAGGGGGAAAUUAAAUUUACCAUCAUUAGAAUAUGCUCUAGGGAAUUUCAUCGUACUUGUAAAUACUACUCUUGAGGCAAACCAGUCAAAAGAGUUAAACGACUUUGUUAACAUGAUAGGAAAUACAUCAAGGGGCAUAUCUGUAGAUAUUGGCAAGGCAAGCAUCAAUGAUAUUGCCCCUAUGUUUGUUAAUUGUGACGCAGAAUUUGUAAACAAACUUGGUCAGAAAGACGAGAUGGACAUUUACCUCAGCAGUAGUUGGUGCAGACUCCCCUGGUAUGAAGCAGACUUUGGUUGGGGAAAGCCAUUCUGGGUAAGCAACGUCAGCAAAACAUUUGAAAUAUUUUGUCUGAUGGACACAAAAAAUGGAGAUGGAAUAGAAGCAUGGGUUAGUUUGAAGGAGAAUGACAUGGCUGAAUUAGAGAAAGACCCUGAUAUUUUGACAUUCUGUCCGCCGCUGCAAAAGUAG